CAAUCAAACACGGUCCAAGUCUGAAUAAACCAACCUGCCGACUCUGCUGCAAAUCCAAGACUCGAACUCGAUCACAGAUAUACGCGUGAACCGGGGUCGCGCUUAACCCACCUUCUGCUCCACCUACCAUGGCCAAUUUGAAGACUGAUUCUCCGCUCUCUCGUCGAAUCGUCCGCGCUUUCCUCGAUUUCCUUAAUUCUGUUGAACCAUCUCCUGGGGUUGACUAUGAAAGUAUUGAGGUAGCAAAAGAAUGCUUGUCAGAGGUGUUUAAUAUACAUCCUGAUGAUCACAGUCAAACUAAGCCUGAUCAAUUGGUUAGCAUAUUCAAUUCGUUGGAAACAAAUGAGCAACAAAAGCAAUUAUCAAAGGAAUCAGCUGAGAGAUCGUCUACAGACGUAUCUUCAACAUCCACGGGUCAAAACGUUUCUGAUGCUAAGUUGUAUGAGGGAUCGCAAAAUCUGAAUCAAGGGGAAGAUUCAGCAAAACAAUCUUCUGUUUCGGGGAUAUUUGAUGAUGAACUUUUUGGGCAGUUUUUUGCUGCGCUUGAAAAAGAUCGCUAUUUUAAGCCUACAUCUGAUGGACUUGAUGAUCAGAUUCAACUGGAUAGGGCAACAAAGUCAUUCCACAAUGCCCUGAAAGAGAUGCAAAAAAAUGGUGUCACGACGUUUGACAAGAAAAACCUUGCUGAUGCUUUCAAAAUUCUAGGAAACAAGGCCCUGCAAUCACACUCACAUUCUGAUGCGGUUGAGCUGUAUACAUUUGCUAUUUGUCUUAUUAAAGACAAUGCAAUCUACUAUUGCAACAGGGCAGCAGCAUACACCCAGAUUCAACAUUAUGAAGAAGCAAUUAGGGACUGCUUGAAAUCUGCUGAAAUCAACCCGAACUACAGCAAGGCAUACAGCCGAUUAGGCUUUGCUUAUUAUGCACAAGGGAAGUACAAGGAUGCUAUUGAGAAAGGAUUUGUCAAAGCAUUGCUAUUAGAUCCAAAUAAUGCUUCUGUAAAGGAAAAUAUUCGGUCAGCCGAGCAAAAAUUGAAAGAGGAACAACAAAGGAGAGAGCAUCAACAGAACUCAAAUUCAACCGAAUCUGGCCAAGGAGGAUUCUCAACAAACCAGACCACACCAAUUUCAUUUAAUAUAAAUGAAAUGCCAGCAGACAUUGCAAACAUGCUCUCGGGAAUUACUAGUAAUUUUCAAGGAAUGUCAUCGAGUUCAGGUGCAUCGACAGUACCAGAAAUAAACAUUAAUCUGAAUUCAGGGCAACAACAUAUGCCAAAUGAUAUUGCCGGCACUUUGAGAUCAAUGAUGGGAAUGUUUUCUGGUGGUGCUGCUGUUCCAGGUGGGAAUCCAUCCGACGGUUCAAAUGAAAGACAACCACAAAGUUAAGUGUCUUCCCCGACCCUCCCUUUUUUUUAUUUAUUUGUACUGUAUAAUAUAUGUUAAUCUUAAGAUAUUUUGUAUUUCAGUCUGGAUUGACUAAUGUUUUUUUGGGAGUUCCUUGAUUUUUGUUUUUUUAGUAAUAGAAAAAUGAUUAGUUUCUAUUUUGCUAAUAAGAAUUGAAAGAAUAUGUUUUAUA